AUGAUCAAAAAUAAUAAUAAUACUUAUAUUGAAAUAAAUGGAGGAGGUGAAAUUGAUUUUAUUUUAGAUAAAUUAUCUCUAAAUUUAAGAUUAGUUUCACAUGAAUGGAAUAAUUAUAUUUCAAUUGAUAAUAUUACCAAUAUAUUUAAAAUAAAUAAUAAUAAUAAUAAUAAUAAUAAUAAUAAUAAUAAUAAUAAUAAUAAUAAUAAUAAUAAUAAUAAUAAAUCAAUUAUAAAAACAUUAAAAAUAAAUUAUAGUAAAUUAAAUGAUUAUUUUUAUUUUGGUAUAAAUAUAUUUAAAUUAAUACAACCUAAAACAUAUUAUAUUGAUGAUUUAAUCAAUCAAUUAAACAAAUUUAAACAACAAAAUAAUAAUAAUAAUAAUGAUGGUAAUGAUGAUAAAAUCAAUAAUUUAGUAAUUAGAAAUGUACCUUUACUCCCAUAUUAUAGACCACCAAUGUAUCAUCAAUCAUGUACACCACCUAAAGAAAUGAUGGUAAAUUUAAAAAAUCAUUUUAAAAAAAUUCAUUUAUAUCAAUAUGAAUUCAAUGAUAUGGAUACGGAGAUUGAUAAAUUAUCACCAUCAUCAUAUGAUUUAAUUGAUAAAUUAUUUUCAAUUAAAAUUGGAGGUGAAAGAUAUAAAGAUAAUUUUAAAAAUAUUGCAUCAACUCUCCAACAUUAUAAUAAAUCAAUAAAAAUGAUUGAAACUGAUAUUUCUCAAAGUAAAUCAAUUUCAUAUCCAAUCAUUGAAAUUUUAUCAACAAUAGACUCAUCAUUAAUAUCAAAUAUUGAACAUAUUAAAAUGAGAGGUAUAAUCACAUUUAAUGAAUUUAAAAUUUGUUUAAACGAAAUCCCAAAAUUAAAAACAAUUUCAAUUAAUUUUUGUUUUUAUAAAUUAUUAUACUUUUUAAAUGACGAUGAUAAUGAUGAAAUUCAUGAAAAUGAUAAUGGUCAAAAUCGUUGUUGUAAUUGCUACAGUUUUGGUACUUUUAAAGAAAAAUCUAAAUAUAAAAAUCAAUGGUAUGAAAUUUUAAAUUUAUUAAAAUUAAAUGAAACUAUAAAGUCUUUGGAAAUUGGUCACUUAUGUGUUAAUAAAACUGGUAUUUUCCAAAAUAAUCUUGAUAAACAUUUACAAAUUAAUAAUUCAUUUAUAAAUAAUUUUUCAUUAUUAAUUUCAUCAAUAAAUUCAUUAGAGAAAUUAAGUUUUAAUAAUAUUUUAUUACCAUCAACAAUAUUUAAAAAUGUCCUUUCAAACAAUAAAUUAAUAUCAGAAUUUCAAAUUACAACUUUUUUCCAUCCCCCUGCCCUUAAAGAUUUUUCAAAUUUAAUUUCAUUAUUUGAAUUAAUUUUAUCAAAUAAUAAUAAUAAUAAUAUUAAAAAAUGUAAAAUAAUUAAUAUCAAAAAAGAAUUUGGAUAUAAAAAAGAGUAUGAAGAAAAAGUAAUAUUUGAAAAAUCCAAAUUUUAA